AUGUCUUCCUGCCAAGACCUGUCUUACCGACCCAGCUCAUGUUAUCCUGACAUAUGCCCAGAUCCAUGUGUUGUUGCCCGCAAUGAGCCUUGUGUCACCUCGUGCGGAGAUUCGACAGCAGUGGUCUAUCCACCACCAGUUUCCGUGCUAUUCCCAGGACCAAUUCUCUCUACUUCCCCUCAACACAGUGUAGUGGGAAGCACCUUACCAGCUCUACCCUAUGGAGCUUGGGGUGUAUCUGGGGGUGGUAUUUUGGGCGGCUCAAUUGGUUAUGGUGGAGGUUAUGGUGGUGCAUACAGGGGUAGAUAUGGAGGUGGUUUAGGGGGUGGUUAUGGGGGCUUAUAUGGUUAUGGGGGCUCGUAUGGGUACGGUGGUGGAUACGGGGGUGGCUAUGGGGGCUUAUGUGGGUAUGGGAGGAGAUACGGUAGCUGGUGCUAUUCUUCCCGCCGUGGAAGCUGUGGCCCAUGUUAA